AAACCUAUUCAUGUAAAGUUUUAGAAGGGCUGAUGACUGGUGCCUGGUCGAUCCUCAGUAGGUACGAGCAACCACCCUGGUCGAUAUUGGAAAGCUCUCACUCUUUUGUGAAGAAUCACAUGAAUGGGGGGGGGGCUUAGUUUUGAAACAUCUUUUUAGUACAUGCCCUCAGACUCUGCGGUAGAGCAAAUCCCUUUUGGUGAACAGUCAAUAUUAUUUAGAUAAAAUAUCCUCUCGUCUCUGCCCUAGGAUCCGUGGUCCUGCAACAAAAUAAAAAGACAAAGGAGGGGGGUGGAAAUCCUGGCCAAGGGAAAAGUUGCAGAAUUGUUUUAAAGCGGUCAUUGUAUUCAGGUGGCCUGGAGGGACGUAAGGAGGAAAUCAGAGCCCAUUGUGGGCCCAUAAACUGUAAACCUAAACCCAGUGUCUUUUCAACUAAACAGAUCGCUAUCAGCUCGACAGAGCCGACUCCUGUUCCUUUUUUUUGCCCGGUCAUUUCCUUUCCUGAGUGUCUGUAAGUACCACCCACUUGGGUGUUUCUCAGGAUUGUAGGUUUUUAGGGCAAACAGAACCCCUGGGGAGUGCCUGGACGAGCCAAAUGCGCAGUGACACUGUGCGCGCGAGUGACGCUGUGGCUGACAUCGACCCCCGCUGCGGUUGUGCCCCGAUUUGUGUGGAUUGCCUCCCGUGUGGCCGCCGGCAGCCAGGGGCCCACGUUGGGAGCUCGGCUUGGAAGGGGGGCGGGGGUGCGGGUUUCCUGGUGGGCUGCAGGCUCUGCGUGAGAACCGCCCGCUGCUCCGUUCACCGCCGAAGCUUGCCCCGGGCCCCCCUCCCCUUGCUGCCUCUGUCCUGGGUCAGUCCAGAAUGGACGAGACACCAGAGCCUCUGGCCAUGACCGUCCACCUCCUGGCCAACUCUGGGCACGGCUCGCUUCUGCAGCAAACUCUCGACCGGCUCCUGGACUGCGUGUGCCCAGACGUCCGUCCCUUUCUGGUGUCAGAGCGGGUCCGGCCAGCGAAAUACUACGACAGGGGCCACUCCAAGCGCUCACGGUUCCCGGGGAUGUCUGUUUUGCUCUUCCUGCACGAGAGCCUCGGGGAGGAGCGGCUGUUCCGGGUCCUCGACUCCCUCCGGCGCUGGCCCUGGCAGUGCUACCCGGCCCCCAACGCUCCGGGGCGACCGUGUCCCUACGUUCUCGCCAAGCAGGAGUUCUACAGCCUGGACAGCCAGAUGCCCGUCUGGGGCGUGAGGCAGGUGCACUGUGGGGCCGAGAUCCUGCGAGUGACACUCUACUGCAGUUUUGACAACUACGAGGAUGCCAUCAGACUCUACGAGCUGAUCCUGCAGAAGGACGCCACCUUGCAGAAGAGCAACUUCUGUUUCUUUGUGCUCUAUGCCACCGAGAGCUUUGCUCUGCAGCUGUCCCUGAAGCAGCUGCCCCUCGGGAUGUCAGUGGACCCCAAAGAGUCUUCAGUGCUGCAGUUUAAGGUCCAAGAGAUUGGCCAGUUAGUGCCUCUUCUACCCCAUCCGUGCGUCCCCAUCAGCCGCACCAGGUGGCAAACACAGGACUAUGACGGCAACCAGAUUCUGCUUCAGGUCCAACUGAAUCCAGGACUUGGUGUGAGGAAUGGCGAGCUUUCCUUUCUGAACGGCACCUCGGGAGCUAACACGCUUCCCCAGGGCUCCAGGCUGAUCCCUGUCUCCACAAGGAGGACCCUAGAGCCCAGAGGCCGAAGAAGCCGGGCCAGGAGGCUCAAGGUGGGCUCUCCGGAGUGCCCAGCGCCCGGCGGAUGCCCAGCGUCAGACAGCUAUAGUGGUACUUUGUGGAAAAACCCUGGUUGCCCAUCCCAGGACCGCAGCGCAGCCACGGGUGCCCGGAUGCAGCUGCCUUCUCCCCACCUUCAGCCUGGGGCCACAGCAAAGGUCCUCAGCGCGGAAAACAGCUUUGAGAAGCUGGAGGCAGAAACUAAUGUUGACACAGGGCGCACCACGGUCAACUGUGAACCCAGGCAAUCUGUUCUGAGCAAAUUUCCAAGGGAUCUCCGGGCCAGCCAGCCACCAUCCUGCUUGCCAGACUCCUCCUUAGGGGCAACUGCCUCCAAGAACAAUAAAAUCUCUAAGGAAAGGAUCCAUGGUUUGUCCCUUGCUGGCCAGAGGGAUCUUGGUGCAAGGAAGACGGUGUCAAAAUGUCUCCUUCACCUGCCAGUCCAGGGUGAAGAAAAAGAAGAAGAAGAAUUCUUUAUAUAGCACCAAACAAGUGGGGGUUCCUAAAACACGAGAUCAGAUACAGUGUUCUAGGAAUGGAGCCCUCUGACCUAGAAUCGGGCCUGUUUCUUGUUCACGUGAGGGGCCCCGAAGGCUAGCCAUGCAGAGAUCAGUAUAGCGCUUAUUUCAACUGUUCCCAGUCUCACGGUGCUGUGAACGGUUAUUUGCGAUCAUGGCCAGGAGGGAACACAGCCAACGUGCAGGGGAAAAAAGCCCUUGGAGACACAGCUAACCCAGCUGGGUGUGUUGAGUUCAGCACCUAUCAGAAAUAAUUGCAUUGUAUGCAAAUGAGUCAGCUGUGUUAUGCAAUGCUGAUGAGCGUAUGCACUUUGGUUUUAAUUUUCACUUGGGUUGCAUAGUUCAUCCCCCUGGACGACACGGACUAUUUGUUCUUUAGUGUUUUUUAAUUUUAUGUGGCCUCCUUUGGUAUCUAUGCUCUGUAUACUACAUAGCCGCUGGUGAUUUUGCCUUUAAAGUUGUUUGCAUCUAGAAUGAGUUACCAUGCAAGUGUUUUGAAAAUUAGAAACAAUUUAGUUUUUUCCUGUUUAAUGAGCAGAAACACAGGGAGCCAAGAAAUCCGGUGAAAAAUGAAAGCUAGGCUCUGGGAUUUCCCAGCCCCUCCAUUUCUCAUUUGUUUCUGGGCUACUCCAAAGGGGCCAAGUGGUUCAUGUUUCUAACCAGAGAGGAACAUGACAUGAUCCGUUGAUUCCAGAUCUCUACUUAACGCGGCAGGAAGAUUGGAUUGGAUGGGUCGUUGGAGCAGGACUUACGUUCUUCUGGCCAGGUUCAAAUUCCUAAAUUUCUUUGCAAUACUCAUUCACUCAUUUAUACAUUCAUUCACUCAUUCAGCACGUAAUUUAUGGAGCACCCAUGUUUGAAUAAGACAGACAUUGACAUAUGGUCCUCAUACAUUCUGGGGCCAUCCAACCACCAAAAGUUUAUGGUCCCACCGGUACAGAUUCAUUGUAGCAACACUUGAGAAUAUGUUGAAGUGUUAAUUCCUCUGGAACCCUUUUCCACAACUGAUGUUCACACUUGCUGCACAAGGCUGUAGUAACCAUUCGCCACCUGCAGGUGGAGACCGGCGCAUAUUAUAAGUUGCAAUUAUAACCAUAAUGGACGAAUUCUCGGUUGCUCAUAGACGACGGUAUUUUUUUGUUGGGUCUAUAAUACAGGUUUUUAAAACUUCUGA